CUGUGACUUCCUCACCUCUCAGAGGGGCAGGAGUCUGGGGCUCCUAUCUGCUCUGGCUCAGUCGCUCGGGGCUCUAGGCCCCACAUACCACCAAGGAGCAUUGGCUAAUUGCACUUCCUGAACACUGCACCUCCAGGGGCCCUAAUGGCUAUAAAGGAAGCCAGCUUGGGCACAGCAUCACAGAGAUCUCUUGCUUGUACACGGUUUGGACGAAACAGACCUAGAGACGCCCCUUCUUCCAGGCUCCGACCACCCUCCAACCUCUUACCCAGUACCACCUUCAAAACCACCUCAGCCUUCCUCAGUCUCCGAGACCACCAUCACGAUUAUCUGAACUUAACUCCUUGUAAGAAACAACCAUGAGCUCCCAAAUUCGUCAGAAUUAUUCCACUGAAGUGGAGGCAGCGGUCAACAGCCUGGUCAACCUACAUCUGUACGCCUCCUAUAACUACUUGUCUCUGGGCUUCUAUUUCGACCGGGACGAUGUGGCUCUGCAGGACGUGGGCCACUUCUUCCGGGAGUUGGCCAAGAAGAAGCGCGAAGACGCCGAUUGUCUCUUAACGCUGCAAAACCAGCACGGUGGCCGCAUUCUUCUCCAGGAUGUGCAGAAGUCUUCCAGACAUGAGUGGGGUACAACUCAGGACGCCAUGGAAGCAGCCUUAGCCUUGGAGAAGACCCUGAACCAGGCCCUCUUGGAUCUGCAUGCCCUGGCUUCUGCCCGCACAGACCUUUAUCUCUGUGACUUCCUGAAGAACCAGUUCCUGGAUGAGGAGGUGAAACUCAUCAAGAAAAUGUGCGACCACCUGAUUAACAUCCACAGGCUGGGCGGCCCCCAGGCUGGGUACGGUGAGUAUCUCUUCGAAAGGCUCACCCUCAAGCACGACUAGGAAGGCUUUGGAGCCCAGAGGCCUUCGAGGGGCCCCUCUGCAUUUCCGUGGUGUCUGGCUUUUGCCUGAGCCUCACCCUGGAACCCUCUCCCAUGCAUUGGA